AUGGGCGAGCUUCUGAGCCAGCCGGAUUUGCGCCAGCAGCUCGGCGAGAUCCUGCAGGAGGAGCUGCGCCACUUCAUGGGCCAGGUCACUGCCGAGCUCCGGGCCCUGCAUGCCACGGAGCUGUCGAAGUUCAGCUCCCAGCUGGUGGACGCAGUGGCGUUGCUGAAGCAGCCGCCCAAGCGGAAGUUCCACACCAUGCCCUUGGCCAGGCACACGGCGAAAGCGGUUGAACCCGAGCCAGCGACUGCGGCGACUGCAAGCACCUGCCUCGAGCUGGAGAUGGCACGGGAGAUUCCGGUGGGCCGCUGCGAGAGCUGCCUGCCGAGCCCCAGCUUGCUCCCCUUCGUGACGCACGAGCUCAAGUCUCCUCUCAACGGCCUGGCUGGCUAUGCCCGGACUUUGGCCGAGACGGACACCGCGCGGCAGAAAGAGUUCCGAUUGCUCUCGCAAGCAGCUCAAGGAGCACUGGACAGCGCCACAAAUCUGACGGAUUUGUGGAACUAUGCCAGACAAGAAGUUGGCGACCUGGUCAGAAAUCCAGUCAGUUUGGAGGACCUGAAUCGCAUGACCCGGGAGCAAUUAGAGCGGAGCAUGAACUCCAAAGGAAAGCCCCUGCUGGAGGGCGUUGCUUUGACUAUGGAAGUCGAGGGCAGCCUUGCGAUGGAGGGAGACCUAGUAGCGCUCUCCUGCUUGCAGUAUCACCUGCUGUUCAACGCCGUGAAGUUCACGCCCGGGGGUGAGGUCGCCUUGGCAUGGCGGCCUGCGGAGGGAGCCGUGUGCCUCACGGUCAAAGACACGGGCAUUGGCAUGGCAAACGCGGAGCCGAUGUUCGAGGCCUUCGUGGUGGAGGAUGCCUCGGCCGCGCGCAAGAUCAAGGGCAUCGGCCUGGGUUUGGCAGUGGUCCGCGAGAUUGCUCGCCUCCACUCGGCGCAGAUCCGCGUAGCCAGUGCCAAGUCGGCUGGCUGUACCAUCCAAGUGCGCUUUCCAGCUUGA